AUGAUAUGUAACUGUAUUGACAAAGAUUGUGAUCCUGCCAAUGGCUGUAAUAAUUCGUCAACAGAGUAUCCAAUUACUUCGUUAAUUGGCUUGGAGUUCAAGAUUGUCGCAACAGACCUGUUGAAUUAUGAAGCCAGCAUUUCUGAAAAUUUUUCUAAAGUCAAACCAAAUAAUGACACAACAACCUGUAUGGCGGUGAAACAAGAAAGUAAACAGACUAAUUAUCUCAAAGUUGCUCUGAUCGGACUAGCUAUUGUGUCUAUUAUCAUAACUUGCAUUUAUUUCAACAUGCGACUGCUAGAGAAACGUAUAAUGAUCACAAGGAUAGUUUAAUUAGCUAGUUUCUUUUAUCGUUUGUUUCGAAUAGAUGUAACAUGUUUAUUCAUUCUUUAAAAACCUACUAACACAAAAUAUUUUAAAACAAAAAGACAUACAUGCAUCGAGCAUGUUAAACUGUAUGGUGUUCAUAUGGAUCAGUACUUUAAUUCUUGUCAAAGUGAAUAAAAGAUAUAUGUAUGCCUUAUACCUAUACAAGAAUCAUCAUACAACACAACAUUAACUAUCCAAAUUUAUAUUUUUCUAAACUGCCUACUGCACAUUUUUGUUUAUUAAUUUAUGUUACUCCCUUUCAAACUUUAUUUUCAAGAUUUUAAGUAUUCUAAAAAAUUGACGGUUGGAAACAAUCCUUCACGGUGUACAUAUAGUAAAUAUUGUUUCGCUCAAUGUAUAACGCGUUUGCUUUAAAAGGUUUUUUUAUCAUAAUGUUAAGCAUGUAAGAAUUAGUUUUUUUUAAGGUUAACCGUGACGCAUAUUGUCCCUAUCCGACGUAUAGACAGGUCUGACAGUCAUUAGUGUCGCAAACUGUGAUAAUUUCUACA